AUGUCAUUUGUUAUAAGAAGUGCCGCAAGGUCUGCUCUUAAGGCUUCAUGUGUCAAAACCUCUGUGAUAAAAGCAACAUCAUUAUGCGCAAGAUUUAAUUCGACAGCUGCAGCCAAACCAGAAGUUGCCGCAAAGGCCCAGACCGAAUCGAAAAAAGCGGAUGAGCCAAUAGAUCCAAAAAUUGAGCAAAUUGUUGAUUCUAUUGCCAAGUUGUCGUUGAUGGAGACAUCUUCGUUGAUAAAAGCACUAAAGAGCAAGCUAGACAUUCCAGAUAUGGCUUUCCCUGUGGCUGGUGCCGUUGGUGGCGGUGCAUCUCCAGCUGCUGCUGAUGCAGGUGCAGAAGAAGCCAAAGAAAAACCAAAGGAGAAGACAAUUUUCAACUUGAAACUAGAAUCGUUUGAUGCCAAGUCGAAGGCUAAAGUUAUCAAGGAGGUGAAGUCAGAAUUGGGAUUGUCGCUUAUUAAGGCAAAGAAGUUGGUUGAGAGUGCACCAAAGGUCAUCAAAGAGAAUAUGUCUAAGGACGAUGCCGAAAAGUUUAAGAAGACUUUGGAAAAACUUGGCGCUAAGGUCACAUUGGAGUGA